UCACGUACUGCGGGCUUCUGCCGAUGUGUACAACCUUUCCUGGUCUUACUGUUCAGAAAUUUCAAGAAAGUGUUUGACAAUGGCAGGGGAAGUCUCCAUGAUUGGUUCCGUCAUCCUGGCCUUGUUCCUGGCUGGUUACCUGGGUCAGCAGUAUUUACCUCCUCCCAAACCAAAGGUCAUCGGUCUGGAUCUGGGGACCACCUUCUGCUCUGUUGGUGUGUUUCAUCCAGGGACCGGGGAUGUUGUGGUGAUAGAAGAUGAGGAUGGGAGGAAGAGCAUCCCCAGUGCCGUGUCAUUCACUGUCAGCGAGAUCCUGGUUGGUUAUGAGGCACUGGAUCUUGCUGAUAGCAACCCUCAAAACACCAUAUAUGAUGCCAAGAGGUUCAUUGGGAAAAUCUUUGAAACCGGGGCUCUUGAGCAAGAAAGUGCUCGCUACCCAUUCAAGGUAAUAAGCAAUAAUGGCAGUGGUGAGUUUCAAAUCUCCACUAAUCAUACUUUCACCGUGAGUCCAGAGUUCAUUGGUUCCAGACUGCUGCUGAAAAUGAGGAAGAUGGCUGAGCGACAUCUGGGUGUGCUCAUUCAGAAGGCCGUCAUCUCAGUGCCGGCUGAGUUUGACGAAAGACAGAGAAACUACACUGUCAGGGCUGCUAAUCUCGCUGGCUUAGAGAUCCUGCGUGUGAUUAAUGAGCCAACUGCAGCAGCUAUGGCCUAUGGCCUUCACAAGGUGGAUGUGUUUAACGUGCUGGUUGUAGACUUAGGAGGUGGAACCCUGGAUGUGUCCCUACUCAACAAACAGGGAGGCAUGUUCCUCACCAGGGCCAUGGCAGGAAACAACAAGCUGGGGGGCCAAGACUUCAGCCAGAGGUUGCUCCAGUAUACCAUGAAGCAAGUUCGACAAGAGUAUGGUGUCUCACUCUUUUUAAAAGAGGACACCCACCGCCUUCGACAGAUCGUGGAGGCCGCCAAGCUCAACCUUACCCUUCAACCCAGUGUUACCAUUCGGCUGCCCUUACACCUGCAUUCCCCCGAGGCAACAGGGGAACUCCAGGGUACCGUCCCGGAGCCCAUUCUCUUUGAAGUCAAAAUCACUCGUGAGUUGUUUGAAGAGCUCAACGAGGACCUAUUCCAGAAGAUUCUGAUCCCUAUUGAGACAGUUUUAGCAGAGGGCCACUUGGAGAAGGAGGAGGUUGAUGAGAUUGUUUUGGUGGGUGGGUCGACUAGAAUACCAAGAAUCAGGAGGCUUAUCAGUGAGUACUUUAGGAAGGAGCCCAACACCUCCGUAGACCCUGACCUGGCUGUUGUCACAGGGGUGGCUAUCCAAGCUGGCAUCAUGGGGGGCUCCUGGCCUUUGCAAGUUAGUGCUAUAGAAAUCCCCAACAGGCACCUGCGCAAGAUGAACUUCAACUGACCUCUUACCUGUUUCUAUUUUUUUCUGUUCUAAUAACAGCUAAGAGAAAUGGAUGCCACAGACAUUUGUCACAAAUUAGUGAAUGCCAUAAUAGAGUUUUAACAAUUUCAUCUUUCACUUUUUGUAUCCUGUUGUGUGCUGAAGAGAGAUGUAUUGCACAGUGAAAGUGAAUUUGUUACUUGCAUAUUUUUAAAUGCAUUCAGCUGAUACCCCAUCAACAAUGGAGACAAGUGUUGUUCAGUUUUGAUAACUCAAAUUGUUCAACUCUUCAUCUUCCAGUUUUCCUAAUUUGUGAAAGGCUGUGGUUAACAAGAAACAUUUAAUGAUUUUCUUGGUUGCAGUGGAAAACAAACAGACUAGUUUUCAGCAGCUAACCGUUCCACACUUGGCUAUAGAACAUCAUCUCCACCAUUGACAAAUGUCUCCUGGUCGUUUUCAUUUCACAAAGGAACACACAGACUUGAUUUGUGUGCCUACAUUAAAAAAGAAACCAGUACUUAAGUAUAGCGGGACUAAGAAGACUUAUUGAAGCUAAAGUAUAACCACCAUCAUAUAUUUACUGUUCUAUUCAGCUUAAAUGGAAAUGGCCAUUGAUAGAUACUUUAGGAUUCACAAUGGUCUUCAAUUCAGGGAAUGAUCACUUUUUAUUUUUUUGUAAACAACUGUGACCAGUGAGUACGAUUUUAUUUAUUUAUUCCUUUCUCUGUGUGCUUUAUUCAUGCGAAACUUUCCUGUGUCUUCUUUCCAUCUUUUAACAGUUUUCCAUCAAAGGUUAAGACACAAUGUGCUUGUGCCUUUUCAGAAAGGUGCUAAACUGUUUUAUGUAUUGUCUAGAAGGAAUGCUGCUUCAAACGAGGAGAAAAGCUCAAGAGGACAUAAUGCUACUUAACAUGGUUGAGGAGGUUGUCCGUUUAUGUAGGAUAGUGUAAUGUUAAGCCCGAUGUGCAUCAUUAAAACGAUUAGUUUUUAUUGCAAAUCAUCUGGGUAGAGGAGCAUCUCAGUGCCUAAGGCUUCAUUAUGCAUGGGAAGAAUAAAUGACCAAAGUUGCAAUAAAAAAAAAAAGAAGAAAAAAAUGCAAAGGCAUUGUAGAUGGCCCAAUAAACAGUAUUCUGGUGAUGUGCAAAAUCAUUGGCUAACAAUCGAAAUGACAGGAAACUUAAUUGUAUUCACACAUAAUAAAUCUCAGAUGUUAGCAUAUAAUUGCCCCCCCAACCCAUCCCCUACAAUGUAUUAAAAUUAUAGAGACAAAAACAUAGGCUGCUUUGUAUACUGUUCAGUCUUACUGAAAAGCUUCUUAUAACAAAUAGAGUAAUGGUGAGCCUCCUGUCAAAACGUGCACAAAGUCUUAUCUGUUAUGAAAUCUCUGUUUAGAAGAUCUUUGACUUUACUGUGAUUCAGAUUAUUUCUUGAAGAAAUAUAAGGGACAUCCUUUGUAUUGCACUUUGAGGACUCUCUCCUUGUGGCCAGGUUCACAUUCCAGUGCAAUAAAACCUUGAUUAAUUGCGAAAAUGGAAGAAGACACUGGCUGCCACUUAAAAGUAUUUAUUCGUACCACAUACUUUUACAACUGCUGACUUUUGCUAUGGCUGUCUGAUUUUGCCAUAAGAGGACCAAAGGUUCAGUUUACUGGUGCCGAGUGAAGUUAUCAAGAAGUCUCGUUACUGUUAUAUCCAGGAAAUCUGAUGGCCUAAAUAAUGAUUUCGGUUUUGAAUGAGUGCCUGGAACUGGAAAAAGACCGUUUUGUGAUGAUGAUUUAUGAUGUAUAGUAUUUUUGCCUGCUCUCAUUUUUGCCUAUAAGGGGACAAUACACAUAUUAAUCAUUAUACAUUUUAAAAUGUAAGUUAAACUUUAAGUGUUCUCUUAAACAUAUUUCCACUUUGGGAAAACUACCUAAAGUUUUAUUUAUUUUUAUUUUUUGUAAACAUAGUAGAUGUUGUAAUGCCUCAAUGAUGUUUAAGCAUUUUCUCAAUCAAGAACAUGAUAUACAAAUAUACUUUUUAAGUCAAUUUGUAAAAAACAUCCCUUUCCAAUAGUCUGUAUCUCCUUUUGGAAUAAGUCUUGUCAUUUUAUAAGCCAUAAAAAAUGAGUCAAGUAUGGAUACUGUACUAAACCUGGUAAGAUGAGUAUCAUGACUGAAAAAUAAGUGAGAUUAGUAUUUUUAUAUGAUAACUUCUGCUUACUGUUAGUUUUGCCACAUAAAUGUGAUGAAGUUACAUUGCUUGCUACAUGGAUUGUGGUCCAAUAAAAUAAAGAUUGAAUCUAUUAUACAUGGUACAGUAGGUAGGUAAUGUAUGUGCUCAUUUAGUGAGAUAACAAAAUAACCAAAUGCUGUGGUUAAGUCUUCAUGAUAGUUCUGAAAUUAACUAGCCAAGUGGUCAGUGACCAAGUCCUUGAACUGUGAAUGGUAAUUCACUGUUUUGCCCUCACUGUUUGACCUGAGCACAGCUAAGCAGACAGAUAAACUCAUCGACA